UUGAUUGGUAUUACAAAUACUGUUAUUUACUAUUAAUAUCAUCAUUAUGUUCAGGUGUUACCUGCUUAUUGCUCAUAUGGCCAAUGAGAAAAACUUGAAGCAAGAACUAAUUGUAGUUGAUAAAAUGGUUGAGAAAUUGUACGGAUUCAUUUACCGAAGAUCCCCUUAUUUGCGCAAGAGAAGAGCCCAACUUCUCCCAAGCAUUGUAGAUGAAGAGAUGAAAUAUGUAAUGACAUAUCUGAGAAGCUGUGAUCUGUAUGAGCCAAGUGAGCAUGAGUAUGGUUGCGAUAAGUGCAGGAUUAGGGAAGAUCGGAGAAGUCAUUGGACAAGCAAGUGUAAACGAAUUUAUAACUUCAAAAGUUUGAUGGAAUCUGUUACACGAAUGAAAAAACAUAUCAGUUUGUGUGGUGCUGCUAUAAAGAAGCUGAAGGCAAAGAAGUUAAUUUGGAAAGCCAUCCUUUGUAGGAGAGGAGUGAAAGGUUUGGUUAUGGUGAGAAAAAUGAAAGUUUUGGUGUCUAGAUUUUCUGCUAAGCGGGCAUAUAAGGGGUUUGACAUAGAUAGAGAGGUUUGUCUGCUUAUUAUUCACUCUUAUAGGUUUGGCCUAUUACCUUAUCGGUUUCACCCGUUUCGUAUAAGGAGCAUGCUUGAGUAUGAGGUGCUACGACUAGCAAAUAGAAACUUUUUCUAUAUUCAGUUUGUACUAGUGGAUUGUCCUUUCAAAAAACUCACCCAGUCAAUAAUUGAGCAUGAGGAAAUUAGAGUUACAACCGGAAGUGAGAUGAGGUUAAAGCUCUUUGCACGUGAUGAGAACUUACAUGAUCGAUUUCCUAAUGAAGUUAAUCCUGACGACUUUUUCUUCCUUAGCGAACCAGAUGACUAAUUCUGAUUGCUGGGGGAUUGUGUGUCAAUUUACUGACUUGCAUUGUGCGAGCAUGGGAUUUCAACAAGCCACUCGUUGUUGCAUCUGCCAUGAACACAUUCAUGUGGAACAAUCCUUUCAUGGAAUGACAUUUCAUGUCAACUGACAAGCUUACUGUCACAAAGAGGCUGGCAUUGGGGAUUAUAGUAAUGGUGAAAUGGUUGAACCUUCUCUGAUAUACUCUACAGUAAAGCUUUUUGUAAAUUCAAAGAUUCAACAAGGUGGCAGUAAUAUUCUUUAGAUAGUGUUGUAA